UUUACCUAUCUAAAUUGGACAACAUUAGAAUUUUAAAGUUGCAUAUCGACGCCUUUUAACAAUUAGGUACCUACGACUUUGAACCGUUUGACAUUGUUGAGUUCAUCCAGUUUCAAUGCUGUGCUGACAGUUGUUUAUAAGAAGCUCGUUGUGAAGCAGUUGGAUUGGAUAAAGUGAAAAUUUGUAUAAACUACCGUGUUGCUAAACGAAAUUGUUUAGUUAUUAGUGGGUAGUGCCGAAAAUGGCACUAUUACAACAAAAGAAUUUUCUGUACCAGUGCGUGCUCUUCUUUUUGCUUAUAUGUCUCAUUGAGGGUGAACCUCGACAAAGAGGAUUGAAGGACACUUUUCUCGCUAAACUUGGGUUUGGGAAUAGUAACUAUCCCCCACCGAGGCAUGAUACGCCGGCAUCCCCUUGUACUUGCUCUUGUGGUGUCAGGAACGAUGCUACCAGAAUCGUUGGUGGUCAAACAACUGCACAAAAUGAAUUUCCAUGGAUGUGUAGGUUGUCAUAUUUCAAUAGGUUUUAUUGCGGUGGAAUGUUAAUUAACGACCGCUACGUCUUGACCGCAGCUCACUGUGUUAAGGGAUUUAUGUGGUUUAUGAUUAAGGUCACGUUUGGAGAACACGAUCGAUGUGAUGAUAAAAAACGACCGGAGUCGAGAUACGUAAUUCGUGCAAUCACAGGAGCGUUUAGCUUUUUGCAUUUUGACAACGACAUUGCACUACUUAGAUUGAACGACAGGGUACCGAUAACAGAUGCUAUUAGUCCAGUGUGCCUUCCCAAGGAUACAGAUGAUUUGUAUGUGGGAAGAAAAGGAAUUGCGGCCGGUUGGGGUACACUUCAAGAAGAGGGUAAACCGUCAUGUCUUCUGCAAGAGGUUGAAGUGCCCAUUAUUAGUAAUGAAGAAUGUAGAGCGACUAAUUACUCCGAAAAGAUGAUAUCUGAUAAUAUGAUGUGUGCCGGAUAUCCAGCAACUGGAGGAAAAGAUUCCUGCCAAGGCGACAGUGGCGGUCCCUUUAUAAUAGAAAGGCCGGAUAAGCGAUAUUCAUUAAUUGGUGUGGUGUCGUGGGGUAAUGGAUGUGCUCGACCAGGUUAUCCAGGUGUAUACACUCGAGUGACGAGAUAUUUAGAUUGGAUUUUGCAUAACGCCGCGGAUGGUUGUUUCUGUGAGGAUUGAUUGUUUGGUUUACAUUUUACUCUGCUUUGAUGUAUCUCAUAGUCACUGAAUGGAAAUGUGUUUUACUGAUAGUAACUAUACUAGUAUAUAAUCGUAUGUCUUCUGUUAAGCGUAUUUAUUGAUGUUUACCUUUAAACUUAUAUUAGUCAUUUAAUUUCUUUAAUUGUGGACUUGUAAUAUUUAUGUGACUAUAAUAAUUGGAUCAAGAUAUUCUGAAAGCACUGUUUCAACUGGUUGGUAAUUCUAUGGUUUCAACCAUUUCUUCGUCAAGAAAAGAAGGACAACUAAUAGAUGUUUCAUCAACUACGUCACUAAAAAAUGGAUUUCAAGUUUCUGUACUAUACUUUAAACCAAUUCUGGUUUCUUUGUAAAACAGGAUCUAAAUCUAAAUAAACCUUAACUAAAAAAAAGAACGGACACACAGGGUACGGUCUAUACCAAAACGGCCGAAGACUUGGUUUUUGGCCACUAUUAGUCACAAUAGUCACCUUUGGUCUUUUAUCGCCAUUAUAAUCAUAACAUACAA